ACAGCAUCAUCGUCAUCAUCUAACGGCGGCGCUAGUGCACCAGCUGCUGGUGCAGUUGCAGCAGCGGGUGCACGAAUGAAAUCACUGGAUGCACUUACAAAUCUAUGCUGGCCCGAUGGAGAGCAGUUCACGAGCAAGAUGCGGAAAUACUCAAACGCCGGAGGAACCAAGGCCAAAGAUACGGCCAGCAAUAGGAAGCAAGAUGCCAACGAGCUAGAUUUGGGCGUAGCAUCGUCACCGAGCCGUGCCAAUGGUACCGGACGGCGCACGAAAAAACAGACGAAACAGCAGAAAGAGCUCAAAUCAUCCGAUGCUAAAGAUAAACAAACGAAUACGACCAUAAAUGCGACACCACCGGUAGAGAAUAAGAACAUUACGCCCCUUCCUGGAUUCCAGCAAGCGUUCGGUUCGACCGAGAUCGGCAAGUUCUCCGAGGCGUUCUUCAACAGCAGCCCCACACCGAACGACGCCAGUACACCCGAACAUCAUCAUCACCCUUUGCAUCAUCAUCAUCAUCAUCUUUCUGAGCAACAGCAGCACCAGCAGCAGCAGCCGACGCCGCAACAGCAGCAGCAGCUCCAACUUCUUCACCAUUCUCAGCGUACUUCCACACCCCACCAGCAGGCCCACCACCAGCUAAGUGGUGGUACCGUUGAGCAGCUCUUGAUGGACUCACUGCACACGUACGAAUCCGACGUCGACACGCUGAGCCCGCAACAGCAGCAGCAACAGCAACAAUCAUGGGAUCAUGCGGUAGCGCCAGGAACGACGAUGGCUUCGCUCGAUCGGCUUUCGUCCUACGAGAGUUGCCAUAAUGGUGCAAGCAUCUCUUCUUCUGCUGCGGCGGCUGCUGCUGCUGCAGCUGGCUACAACCUGCAGAUCGGCACAUCCUUCCAUCCGUCGUACUACGAAUCGUCCUCCUACUCGUCGGACCACGCGGUAGACUCACCGCUCGGCAGUUACUUUAGCGAGAUGACGUGUAAUGAGUUUGUGAAUUAAGGAAAAUGGAGCCAGCGUUUGGCGCGAACCGUGCGCGACCGACCGUCCAUUAAAACCCCACACCCUCCGAAAGCGUGGAGGGAGAGAGUGAAAGAGAGAGGGAAAUGCGAAGCAAGAGAUCGAUACGAUCUUGCAAGUGAUGAAGAAUAUGGAAAAGAAAUACUCGAUGGAAAGUAAUGGAACUAAAAGCCGAAACGCAACACUCAUGAGUGAAAAGUGCGCAGCCAAAAAGCCAAAAUGUUAGGUAAUUCUCUCUAGAAACAACGCAUAAACCAAUAUUAACACUUGUUGUUCGUUUCCUGUAAAUAGCAACCCGUUGGUGGUCCUCGUUCUUAAGCAAAUUCCCAUUUUCAAACGACCAGCAGCCAGAAAGGAGCAACACGCGUUUUAACUAGUUUACUACUAAGAAGUUCAUUGUUGUGGUGAAGAAAUGAAUCGAAGUAUGGGAUAUAGGCGUCUUUCGAAAACGAAUCUCAUGAAGUCUUGUUAUGUGUGCUCCCUUUGGUCCGAUGAUGCGUAUUACGCUCCAGCUACCACAACCGUCUUGCACAUUAACGUGCGUGUAAUGCAAAUUACAAACGAGCACAACGAUCACCCAGCAGAGCGCACGAAACAGAUCGGUCUAGUUGAAUGGUUCUUCCAUUCAAUGCCACUAUGCCAAUUACGAGCCAACCUGACCACCUCAGAGUAUUCCAACCCUCCCCACCCUUUCCUCUUUCCUAUACUCCUUUACUAUAGAGGUCUUCAAAGGAUCGAUCCUGUUUUAGACUGGCUGGCAAGCAUUUUUAAUCGAACAUGUCCCCCAAAAUCGAAUCGCUGUUCUCUGUAACCAGAUUGUGUGCGAAAGAGCACAGUUCGUAGUAGGCUAGGCGGAUGGAAAGAUACAGCAUUAUGGUUGCCAAAAGAAGGAUUAACGAAGGAGCAGACGCUAGCACGAUGGCAAACCACGAGUAACACACAACAAUUCAACAUGGAAACACAAAAAUCUAACGGUGCCUUAACGACAAGUCAUUUACGUGUUUACGAAACAAACAAAAAAUCACCCCGACACACACCCACACACACACACACACGCGUGGUACGUGGUUUUUCUUUUGGUAGAUUUAGUUGUUUUAAAAGUGACUAAAUUGAGCCACGGAUACAGACGGGCGGGCAGCCUUUUCGUUGUUAGUUUUUGGUGCGAUGUAAAAUUAAGUAAACACAAAGCAGGCGCGCAGAAGGCGUGCAUCACCCCUCGCCGUUCUUCCGAGGCAAGCAAAAGAGGAAGAAACAAAGGGGGAGCUUACUUGCCGUACGCGAUACGUUGACGAUACCAUUACGAUUCUACAAAGCAGAAAUCUUGAGGGCAUUUUUUGUACAGAUUAGCUGAUUUUUGGAACGUUUUUAAACAAAACAGAGAAAAAACAUGGGUGGGAAAGUAGCAACAAAAGAGAGGGAGAGAGGGAAAGAGGAGGAGAGGGUAGUAGGUAGCGAGGUAGGUUAGGAUAGCUACUCCACGAAAAUCUCACAUUCCCAGCGGUUGGGCGAUAUCGGGGCGCACCUUGAGCUGUUUGAAAACGAUCGCCAGCAAGCAACACUCUCAUAGUAAAAAGCGACGGAAACGCCGCAAACACAGAGUUCUCGGGUGGCCAACAUUUGUUAAAGAAAAACGACGUAAACUUAUAAUCAAACGGAUCCGUGAAAGAUGAAUGAAAAUCGUGGAAAAGUGUCGGCGCGAAUGAAUUAAAAUUUUAAACAAGUCCCCCCGCAUUAAACAGAUUAAAUCAAAUCAAAAUACCACCCACACCCUGGUGACACGCGACGAUGGAGAACGGGUGUGAAUGAUGAACGUAUGGAAUAUUGAAAUACCUUUUUUCUAUGUGAUAAAUACUAACCGUAAACAGAAUUAACGUUUUCCGCCAUCCAAUUCGGCAUGCUGGAAUAGAUUAGGUCGAACGUCUUGAAAACCGUUACACACGUUGGCAAGUGCAUAUAGGAAGGAUCUUGCUAGCUGGAAUGCAUUUUGGAUUAGGUUGCCGUGGCAAUCGUUAAGCGAAGAACGGAACGGAAGUGAAGGAUAAGCGCAAAAUGGAGAGGAAUCUACCACUGAUAAAAAUGUGAAACAUGAAACAAGUUCAAAUCAACCAAAACUCAAAUUAAACCCAAACGAGCCGAACCGCUAGGCGAGAUGGCAUGCUCCCGGGGUGGGGGGAGCAAAGGCUAGCCUGCUGCGCAGCCUAGAUACG